AUGGCCUUUUCUUGGUCAACAGGCACUCCUGGCUAUGGUCGAUUGCCUCCAGAGAAACAAGCCAAGGGGAAAUUUCUAGCCCAGACACAAGCCCUUUUCUCAGCUCCAACGUCAACUGACAACAAUUCCAAAGAACGCUUCGUAUUCUCGACCUUCUAUAACGCAUCUGUCACAUUUCCCUUCAUAGUCAGCAUUGCCUAUUGGCUGGUGGUAUAUCCUUCGGAAUCUGUCCUUGAUCAAGGGAGCAAAGGCGAGCGUCUUCAUCACUUUGUACUCAUCAGCAUCACUGUGCUCAACUCCGUGAUCGCCUUCCUGGAGGUGAUGGUCCUGAGCAGCGUCCGAAAGCAGAAGGUCCUAGAAACCCAGAUUGCGCGUUGA